AACACUGACAAGUAAAAAGAAAUAAAAGGGCGCAGAAGCCAGAUCACCACCGCUCUCAACCCACCCGUUAUUCGUUUCGUCUUGAGUGUUUGCUUGGAAGGAAGGGAGUGAAAAAGCGGCGGCGGCGGAAGUAACGGUGCAAUGGCUUUGCCACGGCGGCGAAACCUUUCCCACAACAACCGCCUCCGAUCUCUGGUUAACCUGGUAUCGGUCAUCUCCGGUGUUCUUCUAAUCCUCUUUGCUUUGCUUUCGUUUCUCGCGCCUUCUCCUAACGAAUCGCAGCACUUCAACCUUCGCCAUCACCAGCGCUCUUUUAACGCAGUCGUUGAGGAUCUUGCUACCAGUGGAGAUUCAGUUUUCCGUGUUCCGAGUAGCGGAGCUAAAUUAGAUCGUGAAAUAUGGAGUUCGAAAAAUGCUGAAUUCUUUUAUGGAUGCAGUAAUGCCAGCGCCAAAUUUGCAAAAGCUGAAGCUGUUUCGCAUCCCACACGAUAUCUGGCUAUUGCCACUAGUGGAGGCUUGAACCAACAAAGAACUGGGAUUACUGAUGCUGUUGUCGCUGCUCGCAUUCUGAAUGCUACUCUUGUUGUUCCAAAGUUGGACCAAAAAUCCUUUUGGAAGGACGCCAGUAACUUCUCGGAGAUCUUUGAUGUUGAUUGGUUCAUAUCAUCUUUAUCAAAAAAUGUUAAAAUCAUAAAGCAGCUGCCUAAAAGGGGAGGGAAGAGUUGGACUCCAUACACCAUGCGUGUUCCAAGGAAAUGUAGUGUUAGGUGUUACCAAAAUCGUGUAUUGCCAGUUAUUUUGAAAAGGCAUCAUGCAGUUCAGCUCAACAAGUUUGAUUACAGACUUGCAAACAAAUUGGAUUCGGAUCUGCAGAAGUUAAGAUGCCGAGUUAACUACCAUGCUCUGAAGUUUGCUGACCCUGUUCUAGAAAUGGGCAAAACACUUGUUCAUCGAAUGAGGAUGAGGAGCAAGCGUUAUAUCGCUUUGCACUUGAGGUUUGAGCCUGAUAUGCUUGCAUUCUCAGGAUGUGAUUAUGGUGGAGGUGAAAAGGAAAGGAAUGAACUAGGUGCGAUACGGAAGAGGUGGAAGACUUUACAUAAAACCAAUCCUGAUCGGCAAAGAAGGCAAGGGAAAUGCCCACUUACCCCAGAGGAAGUUGGUCUGAUGCUGAGAGCUCUUGGAUAUGGCAGUGACGUUCAUAUAUAUGUGGCUUCUGGUGAAGUGUAUGGAGGGGAGGAAACUUUGAGACCCUUGAAAUCACUCUUCCCAAACUUCUACUCUAAAGAUACCAUUGCCACGAAGGAAGAAUUAGCGCCAUUCUCCUUGUUCUCUUCUCGAAUGGCUGCACUUGACUUUAUUGUUUGUGAUGAGAGUGAUGUGUUUGUCACCAACAACAAUGGUAACAUGGCUAAGAUAUUAGCUGGGCGAAGGAAAUAUUUUGGACAUAAACCCACCAUUCGUCCAAACGCUAAAAAACUAUAUCGGUUAUUCUUGAACAGAAACAACAUGACAUGGGAAGCAUUUGCCUCUAGUGUUCGUACUUUUCAGAGAGGCUUUAUGGGGGAACCAAAGGAGGCCAGGCCAGGCAGGGGUGAAUUUCAUGAGAAUCCAACCGCUUGUAUAUGUGAAGAUUCAGAGGCCAGGGAAAAGGCAAAUGUAACAGAUUUAAGAGAGAAGAAAAAUGGGAAAUCGGGUGCUUCAUUGAAAAAAGAGGCUACGGUAAGUGAUGAUCAGAAUGAUUAUGAUGAUAACGAUGAGCCAAAAUGGCCUGAUCUGGAUGACGACGACGAUCAAAUUUGGCCUCAAGAGAAGCAGCUAUAUAACGGAACAGGUUCGGAUUAUGAUGCAGUCAUCUCUGAUGAACCUGAGUUGGAAGAGAUUCUUUCAGACUAAAACCUAACAAAUUCAUUCUCGAAAAGUCCUUGUUUUGUUGAUGAUAAUGCAAAAUGUCAUCAUGUCUAUUAAACUCCUGAGAUUAUCAACAGUUUAUGUUUCUUUU